UUCUGUGAAAACAUGGCUGACAUUGGAGCCAUGAUAGCGACUCCAGGCAUCGAAAGUCCGAACAAACGGGCGAAAAUGGAUAGUGGACUAACAGCAACGAACUUUGAUGAAUCAAAAUUCGCUAGAUAUUACAGAACAGACACAGUGAGCUCUCCCGUAAGCUCACAUUCCGGACCAGUUGUCAGUGAUACAUCAGCAUAUUAUUCAUACCCCUACACGUUUUCGAAUUCUUUCUCAUCAUACACGUAUCCUUGUGGACAAACGGACGCAGCAGCUUUGUACACAUAUCCCGCAUCUUAUGGCAUUCCUUACACCGCACUGAAUGGCUUCAGCACAGAAUAUUCUUCGACGUCAGGUAGCGACUAUUCAUUAUCUCCAAGCUCAUCUGUUUCUGCGCUGACAUCAACUUCAAGUCUCAAUAUUCCACAAUCAUUGACACUAAAUUCUACUGCACAUCACAAUACACCUCCUUCUCGUGUUAUUCACUGUAGAGCAGUUGCUGAUGGUUGUAAAGAAACAGACUUGAUAAAUGUUCUUCAGCCAUUUGGGAAAAUUACAUAUGUGACUUUAUUGCCAAAAAUUAGACAAGCACUGGUGGAAUUUGAAGAUAUUGAUUCUGCUGUAGCUCUAGUUUCAUUUUCACAGUCAAGUACUCUCACUGUACUUGGUAGACAAAUGUUUGUGAAUUACUCCAAAAGUCAAGAAAUAAAAAGGGAUAAAGUUCUUAAUGGUGAAAGUAAUGGAGCCUCUUCAGAAGCUAGUAAUAUUCUUCUUCUCACAAUAAUCAAUCCCUUACAUGCAAUCACAGUGAAAGUACUUCACAAAAUAUGCAGCCCUCAUGGAAAAGUUUUAAGAAUUGUGAUCUUUCACAAGAACGGAUUGCAAGCUUUGGUUGAAUUUGACAAUGUUGAGGCAGCUCAGCGAGCUCUUGCAACUCUCAAUGGACAAGAUAUUUAUGCUGGAUGCUGUACACUGAAGAUUGAUUAUUCAAAGAAAGCUAAAAAAUUAAACGUUUUUAAAAAUGAUGAUGAAACAUGGGAUUACACUGGGACACUGAACAAUAACUCAGGGAUCCCAAGCAAGACAGCUCUUUUGGGGUCCGGGCUCUUAUCUGCAAUUUCAGGAAAUGAUGCGAGUGAGCCGCAGUUGUCAAGUUCACCACCAAACACAGUCACCCUUAAUGGUGUGAAUGGAUCUCCAAUUUCCAUCAGUAAUGAGGCCAUCGCGAGAGCAGCACAGUUUCCUACUGUACAGAGUAUUCUAGCCAAAGUUGCAUCUUUUCAUGGGAACCCGCCUAAGAGUCCAACGUCAGGUAGCACCUCACCAGUGGAGAAUGUAGUGAAAAAGUUGGGUAUUCUUGGAAGCUCACCAUACCAGUUACCUCAGGGUGGACUCUUAGGAGCUCUACCUGGACUGACACAACAGCAGCAUCAGAUGAAUGGCAUUUCUAACGCUUUGAACGCAGGUGGCACUGGCUGUGUGUUGAUGGUUUACGGACUGAAUGCUGAAAAAAUGAACUGUGAGAGAAUUUUCAACUUGUUUUGUCUAUAUGGCAACGUUGUCAAGGUUAAAUUCCUCACCAACAAACUUGGAGCAGCCAUGGUACAAAUGUCAGACAAAGUUGCUUCGGAAAUGAUCAUCCGAAACUUGAGUGGUGCUGUGCUUUUCGAUUCCAAGAUCAACAUCAUAUUUUCCAAGCAUCCUUUCAUAGCAGAUUCAUCGGUAGUAACAGCUUUACCCGAUGGUACGCCUUCCUCCAUGAAUUUUGCUGACAACCGAAACAACCGGUUCAAAUAUCUUCCCGAGGGUCAGAGUCUCAAGAAUAGAUACCAACCACCAACAAGAAUGCUUCACUUCUUUAAUGCCCCACCAAACUGUACUGUGGAAACGCUUAAGGAGGUCUUCAUCACUGCCGGAUCUUUGUCUCCGUUGAAAGGAACUUUCUUUUCAAAAGCAAACGCCAAGUCAUCAGCAGGGUUAUUGGAGAUGCCCGAUAUCCGUUCAGCCAUGGAAGCGUUAACUCUUACCAACCACUUUACCAUUAAUCCUCCAGGUGGCGGAUCCUACACCCUGAAAUUGGCCUUCUCCCCAAGCUCCUCAAUCUCUCCAACGGCUCCAACCGUUGCUCCGGCAGUUGCUGCGGCAGCGGUUGCCGUCAGCAAUGGCGCUAAUCCCUUGGGACCUAUCGGCUCGCCGGUGCAUCCGGUGCACCGAUGUAUGGCUGGAAGCCCGAUCAGCAUUGUGACGAAUGGUGUCAAGGAAUUGAACGGUGACUCCGAGAGGAAUGGGCUGAGUCCAGAGCAUUUGUCAAGCUGCAGUCCUUAGGAGGGAGACUGGCACACAAGUUACAGAGGUAACUUCCAAUAUUUGAAAAGACUUCAAAUUAAGUCACUGAUUGAACUUCGAAUGAAGAGAAAUCUCCCAGGUAAAUGAAUUAUUAAUCAAUGGGAAGAGUGGAACAUCAAAAAAAAUAUAUUAGGUCGUUAUAUAAGUCAACAAAAAUGUUGUAUUGUCGUUCGCCGACUGCUUUGUUUUCGCUCUCUUAGAACAGUACGGAAUGAGCGUGCGUAGAGGUUCAAAAGUUAGAGUAACAAUGCUCGGUGAACGCACCUUUUUCAUGCGUUAGGUUUAUGGUUCAAAUUUUUAGUUAAAGGUUAACAAUUUUCCCUCGUUAGAUUAAGAAUUUAUUAAAUGCAAUGAGGCGAUGGAGGCCUCGGUUAAAACCAGCGGUUAAUAACCCUGGGUUGAGCAGUUGAAUUGCCUUCCAAAAAUAUAUAAAUAUAUUACAUAAAUAUUUACACCACGAAUAUUAGAGUAAUUUUUCCAAAACUCGUAUGCACAGUGAGUCUAAACUAAGAUUCCUUUUGUUUACAUAUACAAAGUUUUCCUACAUCAUAGAUUUAUUAGAUCUUGACUCGUGGGGAGAAGUCAAACUUCACAGGCUCCCGAGGAAAUGAUAUCAUUAAUAAACAAGAUAUCUAUCACUUAUAAUAACUUUUUUUCAUCUAAUUUACAUUUUUUCAUUGACUGUCAUCGCCACCGUAAAUGCUUCCCAAAACUGUUGAUACAUUGUUGACAAUUGUUCAAGGAAAUGUUUGUUUUUAAGGGAGAAGAAUAAGUUGUGUUCCUGUUGUUGUUGUUGUUGUUGUUGUUGUUGACGUUGUUGUUUUUUCAAUUUGGAGUUUUGACCCGUCUUCACGAUCUAUUUUUUCGGUUGAAAUUUGGUAUCCUCAUCUUAAAACUAAAACUUAACUACCUCCUUGACAUGUUCGUCAACAGUUGUCAUCAGGUUUUAAGGUAGCAAAGACGACGCGUUGUUUACUAAAAAAUGUUAAUGUCUUAUACAAUACACGUAAAUGGUUUCUUAAUUUACAUUUAAUAGUAAGCUUAAAACACACCGAGUCGGUAUUUAUAAUUCAAGAUGUUUUCCACAGCGUACGCACCUCUUUGUUAAAUACUUUUACCGUAUUAUCGAUACGGAAAUUCUCCUGACCUUACCGCAUACACGUGCUCUUCAAUGAGUGGGAAGAAUUUCUUUACCAGUACAAGAGUUCUGUUCUCUGUUAAUGAUUAUGGGCGUAAUUCCUGUCACUUGAUUCCAAAAUUUAAAGUUUUCUUUUUUUUCUGAGGUAGAUUUAGUUUUUAAAUGGCUUUCGAGAGUUAGUCAAGGUAAGGCUGGGAUGUUAAGAAUUUUUUGUUGGAGCUUUUUUCUUUGCAGUUCUGUCUAGCAACUACCUUGCAGGAAGCAACAGGGAACAUCAGGUCGUUAAGGGAAAAUAUCAAAAUUUUAUUCACAUUCAAUUGAAAAAUGACGAAUGAAUUUUAUAGAAAUUUAGACUUAUUGAAAUUGCUUUUAUAUUUGCCUUAUUUUUUCAAAUAAUUUGUACUUAUUAGCGGAAAAAUAUAUUGUUAUAACAUGCAGUUAUUUUUUUCGGUCAGACUCUCAUCAGUUGUGUUUCCUAGCAACGGUGGUUUGUCAUAAAACUGUAAAGAGCCACCUUGAAAUCUUUUACGCUCGAGAAAUUAUGAAAAUUCUUCCUAUCCGCGAAUCGAAACUAUUAAUUAAUUUCCUAAGGAAAAAGAGGACACACAUUUUUUGUGUGGACCGACAGAAAAAGAAUUGUUCCAAGUUAAAAGAGAGAGAGUAAGAGUUUAGGAAAUAUUUCAAAUAAUCGAAUUCACGCAUGUGCGAACAAACCACGAAACAGAGACAGAUUCAGAAUUGUUAAAACUUACGUCGAAUUUUUGUUCUUUCGGACUUUUGUACGGGGUCCCGAUUGCAUAAUUUUUAAUUGGAAAUAAUUUAAUUACAUGGUCUGAGUCAAAGAGGUUUUUAAUAUAAAUCGUCGCACAUGUUCAAUUACUCAUAGAGGUCAACUUUCAAUAACGUUGUACAUAUUAUAGGUUAUAGAAUUUAAGAAAAGAGAGAGGCUAAUUCAGUAUCUCCAUUUAACACUUCAAAGUAGAAAACAAAUAUUAUGAACUUAAAAAUUACCAAAACAUAUUUUAGUGGAAUUUGGUAUAGCGAAUUAUUAGUUGAUUCAUUUAUAAACGAAUGCUAAGACAGCCAAACCGCUGAGUUAAGCUCGUUCCCAGACUUACUCUUCCUUUCGACCUUCAAGGCGUGUGUUGAAGGAAAUGGGAGGUUCGGUUGGUCACUUGUAUCUAAGGGGAAUGAGAAGAAGAGAUGGUUUGGAAACGAGACUGCCACCAAAGUACUUAAAAUGUCGCCAGCAACAACUAUUACAUCUGCUUUGAUUAGCUAAUUUUUCCAGAAAAAGUAUACAAUUAUAAGUCGCAACGUUCAUGUUGAAAUGGCUAUGCCACGAUUUAGUUGAGUUUAUUAUGAUUUAUUCGGAAUUUCUGCACUCGUUAAAUUUUAUUCUUUAUUGUUCGCAAGUGCUAUUUUAAGAUUUGACAUCUUUUUCCUCUUAGAGUUCUUAUAAAUGGGGUUUCAAUUUUUGGCGUCAUUAGUUUUCAUUCCUGGUGAACGUGAUUCACCCUUUAGGUGUUUCUUUGACAGCCUAAACUGACAGAAAGAGAGAGAGAGAGAGAGAGAGAUUGAAACGUGAAUGGCAUUGUUCAAAUUUUUUUCAACCUUAUUUCAUUCGAAAAGCUCUCAAGUUGUGAGGGACAAUAUGUGAAGUCUUGUUGGAUAACUUUUUGCAAGCAUUGGGUUAGAAUAAACUUUUUUAUCUUAUUUUUGGUAUUUUUUUUUCUGUCCUCUUUUUCGUAACUGUUGUAGUUAUAGUUCAGAGCAUUUUUCAUUGGCGUUACACGGAGCAGAGAUUCAUAUUGAUCAGUUUUAAUUUUUGCCCCUCUGAUUGGUAAGGGCUUGUUAAAUGAAAAACCACGUCAUUCUGGUACAGGGUCGUUGAAGUAGUCGCUCUUUCUGUAACUUUAAUGUUAGUUUUGGUUAAAACUGGAAACUUUUUCCAGACUCUGGUAAGGCGUUGUCGAAAAUAAGUGGGUGGCUUAAAAAAACGUUUAAAAUAAGAUUAACCCACGUAAAACUGCACACACACGUUUUUAUGUAAAAUGAAAAGUUAGGUUAAUGAGCUAAAUAUUGCAAGGCCUGUUUGUUUUAUUCUUUGCAAAAUUUGUUGCAUUUUAAACAACUGUUACCUCAAUCCGGUUAUCAAAGGACUGCUAUACUACAAAAAGAAAAAAUGGAAAAGUACUCCACAUUAAAGCUGCAUUAAUUUUG